CGCCGCUCGCCGGUCCCGCCACCGCCGCCUCCGCCCGCGUCCCCGCCACCGCCGCCGCCUCGGCCGCAAUAGCACCGCCAGCAGCAUGUCUCGAAGGAAGAUUUCGUCCGAGUCCUUCAGCUCCCUGGGCUCUGACUACCUGGAGACCAGCCCGGAGGAGGAGGGGGAGUGCCCCCUGUCUAAGCUCUGUUGGAAUGGCAGCCGGAGCCCGCCCGGGCCGCCCGAGCCCAGCGCGGCCGCGGCCACUGCCGCCCCGGCCCCGGCUGCGUCUGCUGCCGCCGCCGCCGCCGCUGCUGCCGCCGCCGCCACGGCCGGGGCCAAGAGGGCGCAGCGCCGAAGGCGGGUCAACCUGGACUCUCUGGGCGAGAGCAUCAGCCGCCUGACGGCGCCCUCGCCUCAGACGAUACAGCAAACUCUCAAGAGGACAUUGCAGUAUUAUGAACAUCAAGUUAUUGGUUAUAGGGAUGCAGAAAAGAAUUUCCACAAUAUCUCUAACAGAUGCUCCUAUGCAGACCAUUCCAACAAAGAAGAAAUUGAAGAUGUCUCAGGAAUUCUUCAGUGUACUGCUAAUGUACUCGGUUUGAAGUUUGAGGAAAUUCAAGAAAGAUUUGGAGAGGAGUUCUUUAAAAUAUGCUUUGAUGAGAAUGAGAGAGUCCUUCGAGCUGUAGGUGGUACAUUACAGGACUUUUUUAAUGGCUUUGAUGCUUUGUUGGAACACAUUAGAACUUCUUUUGGAAAACAGGCCACUCUGGAAUCACCAUCUUUCCUAUGCAAAGAGCUCCCUGAAGGUACUCUUAUGCUCCACUACUUCCACCCUCAUCAUGUGGUGGGGUUUGCAAUGCUGGGGAUGAUUAAGGCUGCAGGAAAGAAGAUCUAUCGCCAGGAUGUGGAAGUGGAACAGGUUGCAAACGAGAAGCUGUGCUCUGAUGGUUCAAACCCAGGCAAUUGUAGCUGUCUUACUUUCCUUAUCAAAGAAUGUGAAAAUACUAACAUCACGAAGAACCUUCCACAGGGAACCUCCCAAGUUCCUGCAGACCUCAGAAUUAGCAUCAACACCUUCUGCAGAGCCUUCCCUUUCCACCUGAUGUUUGACCCCAACAUGUCAGUCCUUCAGCUGGGAGAAGGCUUAAGGAAACAACUUCGAUGUGACACUCACAAAGUGCUCAGGUUUGAGGACUGCUUUGAGAUUGUUUCUCCAAAAGUCAAUGCUACCUUUGAGAGAGUUCUGCUGCGACUGUCCACCCCAUUUGUGAUUAGGACCAAACCUGAGGCUUCUGGCACUGAAAAUAAAGAAAAGGUGAUGGAAGUAAAAGGUCAAAUGAUCCAUGUGCCAGAAUCAAAUUCCAUUUUAUUUCUGGGCUCCCCAUGUGUGGACAAGUUGGAUGAACUCAUGGGCCGGGGCCUGCAUCUCUCAGAUAUCCCUAUCCAUGAUGCCACCCGAGAUGUCAUUUUGGUUGGCGAGCAGGCAAAAGCCCAAGAUGGCUUGAAGAAGAGGAUGGACAAAUUAAAGGCAACUUUGGAAAGAACUCACCAGGCCCUGGAAGAAGAGAAAAAGAAGACAGUGGAUCUUCUGUAUUCUAUUUUCCCUGGCGAUGUGGCCCAGCAGUUGUGGCAAGGGCAGCAAGUGCAAGCCAGAAAGUUUGAUGAUGUCACCAUGCUCUUUUCAGACAUUGUAGGCUUCACAGCCAUAUGUGCCCAGUGUACCCCCAUGCAGGUGAUCAGCAUGCUGAAUGAACUGUACACUAGAUUCGACCACCAGUGUGGAUUUUUGGAUAUUUAUAAGGUGGAAACAAUAGGUGAUGCGUACUGUGUUGCAGCAGGACUCCACAGAAAAAGCCUCUGCCAUGCCAAACCCAUUGCUCUUAUGGCCUUGAAGAUGAUGGAACUUUCAGAAGAGGUGCUGACACCUGAUGGAAGGCCAAUUCAGAUGAGGAUAGGCAUUCACUCGGGCUCCGUGCUGGCUGGUGUUGUUGGGGUGAGAAUGCCACGAUAUUGCCUGUUUGGAAAUAAUGUCACUCUGGCAAGCAAAUUCGAAUCUGGAAGUCAUCCUCGGCGUAUCAACGUCAGCCCAACAACCUACCAAUUAUUAAAACGAGAAGAAAGUUUUACAUUCAUCCCUCGGUCCCGUGAAGAGCUUCCAGACAACUUCCCAAAAGAAAUUCCUGGGAUCUGCUAUUUCCUGGAGGUAAGGACUGGUCCAAAGCAGCCAAAGCCUUCUCUUUCUUCAUCGAGAAUAAAAAAGGUUUCCUACAACAUUGGCACCAUGUUCCUCCGGGAGACAAGCCUCUGAGACCUGCUGCAGAUCAAAGACUCCUUCAAAAAGCACAAGCCCAGAACAUGGGUCACUAUGGAGAGUGGAAAGAGGUGGUUCCUCUCUCAAUGCUUUGCUGAGGACAAGCAGCAGAAUUUCUGUAUUAUGUCCGGCAAUAAUCCUUGAAAAGCUAGAGG